UGUUUAAAUCAUGACUUCUAGUUAGCCAAGGGAAGCAUUUCAAGUUCCUCAGUCCGUCUUGGUGGCAUGAGCUGCGGCAGUGUCUGCACUCAAGUGACACAGUGCAGCUGUCCUAGCCCUAGCCCUCCUGGAGAGGGCUACUCGUCAUAUGGGGAUUUAAACACUUUGCAAGACUGCAGCACUUUCACCAAUGAAAGCAAAUGCUUUCCUCACGUCCUCAAAUUCGAAUACAAGUCAUCUUGCAGCAGCAGCAGCGCUCUCAGCAGUGACACUUCUAUGUGAGCUGUGCUGCAGAGCAGCCUGUGUGCCCAUACUAUCGGCCUAACAGGUGCUUUAGCAUCCUCUACGCGACGAGGCUUCCCUCCCUGCAGCCCGGCCCGGCCCCGGCGGGGUGCGGCAAUCCGCCGGCGGGGCCGUGGCCUGCACACCUCAGCCCUCUGCCCUGGGCAAGAUCUCGCAGCACUUCCAGACGCUCAGAGCAUCUCAGCGAGCCGCGGGAUGAGCGGGGAAGGGCGAUGGCCAGAGCCGCCGCCAGCCGGCGGGCAGGUAGUGGUGCUACAGCAGUUGUCCAGGCAGCGCUCUGCAAACCCAGGCAAGAACGUGUAGCAAUAAAGAGAAUCAACUUAGAAAAAUGCCAAACCAGUAUGGAUGAAUUACUUAAAGAAAUUCAAGCAAUGAGUCAGUGCAAUCACCCUAAUGUGGUGACCUAUUACACAUCUUUUGUGGUGAAGGAUGAACUUUGGCUGGUUAUGAAGCUAUUAAGUGGGGGUUCAAUGCUUGAUAUAAUAAAGUAUAUUGUCAACAGAGGAGAGCACAAAAAUGGUGUGCUUGAAGAACCCAUAAUAGCAACAAUUCUUAAAGAAGUUUUGGAGGGCUUAGACUAUCUACACAGGAAUGGGCAAAUUCACAGAGAUUUGAAGGCUGGCAACAUUCUUCUGGGUGAGGAUGGCUCCGUACAAAUAGCAGAUUUUGGUGUUAGUGCAUUUUUAGCAACUGGAGGUGAUGUUACUCGUAACAAAGUAAGGAAAACAUUUGUUGGUACUCCCUGUUGGAUGGCCCCUGAAGUAAUGGAGCAGGUGCGAGGUUAUGACUUCAAGGCCGACAUGUGGAGUUUUGGGAUAACAGCCAUUGAGUUGGCAACAGGAGCAGCACCUUAUCACAAAUACCCUCCUAUGAAAGUGUUAAUGCUAACGCUUCAAAAUGACCCUCCCACUUUAGAGACAGGUGUAGAGGACAAGGAGAUGAUGAAAAAGUAUGGCAAAUCCUUUAGAAAACUAAUCUCAUUAUGCCUUCAAAAAGACCCUUCCAAAAGGCCCACAGCAGCAGAACUUUUAAAAUGCAAAUUUUUCCAGAAAGCCAAGAAUAGAGAAUACCUGAUUGAAAAGCUUCUCACUAGAACACCUAAUAUAGCACAAAGAGCAAAAAAGGUCAGACGAGUGCCAGGUUCCAGUGGUCACCUCCAUAAAACAGAAGAUGGGGAUUGGGAAUGGAGUGAUGAUGAAAUGGAUGAGAAAAGUGAGGAAGGCAAAGCUGCUAUUUCUCAGGAAAAGUCACGAAGACUGAAAGAGGAAGAGAAUGCAGAGUCUCAGCCUGCUGUUAGUGAGGAAUACAGUGAAGUUCCAUGUGCAGUGAAUCUUGUCUUAAGAUUAAGGAACUCCAGGAAAGAACUUAAUGACAUACGGUUUGAGUUUACUCCAGGCAGAGACACAGCAGAUGGCGUUUCUCAGGAGCUGUUCUCUGCAGGCCUGGUUGAUGGCCAUGAUGUAGUUAUAGUUGCUGCUAACUUACAGAAGAUAGUAGAUGAUCCAAAGGCCUUGAAAACAUUGACUUUUAAGUUGGCUUCUGGCUGUGAUGGCACUGAGAUUCCUGAUGAAGUGAAACUCAUUGGUUUUGCUCAGUUAAGUGUCAGCUGAUCUCUGUCCUUUGACCCCAAGCCGAAUUGUGAGGUUACGAAAAAGCCAGCUUAGAUGCAAAGGAAAAUUAAUGCACCACACACUGAGUUCUGCUUCAUUAUCUAGCAAUUCACAAGGUCAGAACAAGCAAAGCCCACAGCUACACCGCUGCUGUUAACGUUCAAAAUGCUCCUAAAUGUCUCUUAGCAGUUGAUUUGGAUUCCCCCUAAGUGAAAAGCCUGUGGAAAUGCACUCAGGUGGCUGUAUUUAUUGGUUACAAAAGGAAUUUUCUAUCAAGCUUACUUCUUUCAUAGACUUUGACUGAUACUAUUUUACCUGUACUUGUUGUUAAUACUGCCUCUGUUCUGUUACAUUUAGAAAUUAACAUACAUAUAAAAGUUUAGAAAUAUUAGCCAAACUUGAAUUCUAGUUUUAAAAAUGACUGUGAAUUUUAUUUUUCAUAUAUUUAUGCAUUACAUAUACUAGUAAUAAGAAAAUUAUUUGACUUGAU